AUGACUGUGUACUAAAGCAAUAGUGAAUUUCAAAAACCUACCCUGACUAACUUAGCCCAAAGUGCAUACAUGAGUUCGCCAUUAUAACCAAAUAUUCUCUCUCGAUCUUAACCAAUCACUCCAAACAAUGGAGAUUAGGCUGAUUAAAUCAUAGAAAUCGGUUUACCCAAGGUUUUAACAAGAAAAAUGACAAAAAAUGAUUAUUUAACAACAGCCAAUGGACAUAAAUCAUAGUAAGAAAUCUUUUGCAAUAAUUGCCAAAGAAUAAAUAUGACUAGACUUGAAACUGAAUACGGAUUGGGUGCUAUCUAAGUUACUUGUUUGUUAAUUGUCUUAUUUUGGCCAUUAUGCUGGUUGCCUUGUAUCCUAAAAUAAUGUAAAGACAUAAUUCAUUACUGUCCAUUUUGUAACUAAAUAGUUGGAAGAACCCCCUACACAUUCUGUUGA